AUGACUUGGAGACCAGGCAAGAAGCAGUCCAAGGCGCUGCCAGUCGCAGAGGACGCCCAGCGAUCGACCACGCCGACGCCAGGUAACCCCUCUGGCUCGCUCUCCCGCGCAGGGUUGCUGGCGAUCCGAGUGCUGUGGGCCGAGGGGCUCGACCUCCCCGGCGGUGCCGCCUUCCCGCCCGCCGUCCAGGCUGCGCUGUCCUCGCAGCAGGCAAAGGCCGCUGCGUCCGUCUCGCCCUCGAGCGUGACUCAGCACAGGCUGGAGAACAGGAAGAGCAACCGGGACAGCGUGCAGCGGAAGCAGUGCUGGUGGCUCCCGUACCUCGUCAUGGAGUUUGAAGUCAACCAGGUGCUCAUCACGCCGCUCGGGGGUGAGAUGUCCAAGCCGCUGUACAUGUACGAGACGAGAUUCGACGUGUCCCGCUACUCCGAGAUUUCGAUCCAAUGCUACCUCCGGACAGAGGAACCGAAGCGCGGCGGGGAUGGGAUCGCAGACGACAUGGGCAACGACAUCUUCAUGGGCGGCGUGCGGUUCACGCCCGACUUCGAGGAGUCGUCGCCGUCCGAGCAGUGGUAUGACUUUGUCGGCGGCCCUGGCAGGAUUCAGAUUGGUGUGGCGUUCAAGCCGAGCAGCGGGCAUUCGCUCACAAUCGACGACUUUGAGCUCAUCACCGUCAUCGGAAAGGGCAGCUUUGGCAAGGUCAUGCAGGUGCGGAAACGCGACACCUCGCGGAUAUAUGCGCUCAAGACGAUCCGCAAGCAACACAUCGUCGAGCGCGGGGAGAUCACGCACACGCUCGCGGAGCGCAUGGUGCUCGCGCGGGUGAACAACCCGUUCAUCGUGCCGCUCAAGUUCAGUUUCCAGUCGGAGCAGAAGCUGUACCUCGUCCUCGCUUUUGUGAACGGCGGCGAGCUCUUCCACCACCUGCAGAGGGAACAGCGCUUCAACGAGGAGCGGAGUCGGUUCUACAGUGCGGAGCUGCUGCUCGCUCUGGAGCAUCUGCACGAACUCGAUGUCGUAUACCGUGACCUGAAACCAGAGAACAUCCUCCUGGACUACACUGGCCACAUUGCGUUGUGUGACUUUGGUCUCUGCAAGCUCAACAUGAAGGAUUCGGAUACGACAAACACGUUCUGUGGUACACCAGAGUACCUUGCACCGGAAAUCCUGAACGGUCAAGGAUACAAUAAGACCAUCGACUGGUGGACGCUGGGAGUUCUCCUCUACGAGAUGCUGUCCGGCCUUCCUCCUUUCUACGACGAGGUCACCGACAAGAUGUAUCAGAAGAUCCUGACGAGCCCGCUCGUCUUUGGCGACGAGAUCGGCGCAGAGGCACGCAGCAUCCUCACCGGCCUCCUCACGCGCGACCCCACGCAGCGCCUCGGCGUCAACGGUGCAGACGAGAUCCGCAGGCACCCAUUCUUUGAGAAGAACAUCGACUUCAAGCUCCUGCUCCAGAAGGAGAUCCAGCCGCCGUUCAAACCGAGUGUCUCUAGCCCGGUGGAUGUUUCGAACUUCGACACGGUCUUUACGGCAGAGGCGCCCCUGGACAGCGUCGUGGAGGGCUCGCAGCUCUCUCAGACCGUUCAGGCGCAGUUCGCAGGUAAGUCGCGGUCUGUCAUCCGGCACCCAUCAUCACCCGACACUGAUGGCCCAUAG